GUAAGUGAUAUUCUGAGAAGGACGUGAAUAUAUCGGGAAUACGUGUGAUUUAGGCCUAUGUUGUCGUGUUUGAUUAGAAAAUUUAGUAAUAAUAUUAAUUUUGUAUAUCGUUAAAUUAAAAUAUUUCAGAGUUGUGAAAAUGAGUGAGCAUUUCAUUGAUAACCCUCAGAAUGUAGCAGACUAUUUAUCGCAACUAUUUAAAGAUAAAACUAAACUUGCAGCGUUUCCAAACAUGUUUGUCCAUUUACAAAGACUUCUUGAUGAUGAAAUUGCUAAGGUUAGAAGCUCCUUACUUCAAAAGAAUGGAGCCAAGAAAGAACCUUUGCUGUUGCCUCAUCCAGAAGGAGAAAUUGUUACUCUUCAAGAAAAAGUCUUUGUCCCAGUGAAGGAGUACCCUGAAUACAACUUUGUUGGACGUAUUCUGGGGCCUAAAGGUUUGACAACCAAGUUGUUAGAACAGGAAACAGGUUGCAAGAUUAUGGUAAGAGGAAAAGGUUCUACAAGGGAUAAGAAGAAGGAAGAACAGUCUAAAGGAAAACCCAACUAUGAACACCUUACUGAAGAUCUACAUGUUUUAAUCCAAGUAGAGGACACUCGAAAUCGAGCCACUCUAAAAAUAGAACAUGCUAAGAAUGAAGUAAAGAAACUUCUAAUUCCAGUGACUGAAGGAGAAGAUGAAUUAAAGAAAAGGCAGCUUAUGGAGCUAGCUAUCAUCAGAGGCACUUACAGAGAGAGUGGGACAAAAGUUACUAAGUCAGAAAUUCCUCAGUUAAUGGCUCCACCAAUAACACUGGGAGCCCCUCUUCGCAUACCUAACCCAAUCGGAGCACCUUUAAUCCUUUCUCCUCGACAUCCAGUGCCAACAUCUAAUUCUUUGGUGAAUGGAAGUGUUCCUACUCAACUUAUCAACCCUGCAGGUGGAGGCCUCAUCUACUCUCCUUACACAGAUUACCAGUAUGCUGCACUUACAUCACCCUUCUUAGCUCAGUAUCCAGGGCUUGACCAUUCUGCUGCUGCAACUGUAUUGCAGGGAUUAGGAAUGUUGACCAUGCAUAAUUAUCAAGGAAGUCAAGGCACAUUGGGUGGUGUGGCAAAGCAGCGAAGACUCUUGGGGAUCAGAGAUCAUCCGUACACACGAACUGGAUCUCUUUCAUAAAAUUUGGCCAAGUUUCACCACACCACUACUCCAUGACUUGAUCACCAAGACUAACACUCUUUCACCUGAUGCUUUCAAGCAAGACAAACAACUUCCAGCCAAAUCACCAGCCAGUUUAGCACAGUUAGUGAGCCAUAUCUUCUUUUGAUUUAACUUUCAAGAUCUCCACUAACAACUUUCAAUAUUUGAUGUCCUUUGCCAACUAGGAAAAACCCAUCCUUCAGGUUGCUCAUCCAGGGCAGUAACUUGAUUGGUUUUUUUGUUUGUAUUUUCUGUAUGUGUUAGGCUGUGUGCUGAAACUUCAGCUCAGUACCGUUAUUCAACAGUGUAGUUGUUCCUUCUACUUACAAUAGAUAAAUUCUAAGACUAUGUUAACAGCAUCAGUUUCUUUCUCGUAAACUAACUUACACUUUUUGGAAAAGAGUGCUGUGGACAAUUGUAAGUAGGACUGUGUUGGGAUCCUUUUGGGAAUUAAUGUGAAAUUCCUUAAAAUUUCAGUUUUUAUAAAACUAAAUUCUUAAUUUAAAAAAUCAUGAAAUUGGAUAUUUGUGCUAAAGUAUAAUUUUUUUUUUUGAUGAAUCUUCACUCAGUGCAAAAAAAUGAAAAAAGUAUUACAUUAUAUUGUUAGCAUUUGUUGUAAUCUUUAGACCUAGUUUAUCAUACUAUUACUUUUUAAGUUCCUAAAUACAGAAUCCUGGGUGAACUUUUGAAGUACUUGAAUAUUUUUAAACGCAUUUUUUUUCUAACAACAUGUUAGUUGUUAUUCUACAAGCUAAUCUACACUUAUAUAGCUCAAACUUUGUGAAAUAAAUACAUGAAAAUAAUCUUUCUCAAAAUGUAUAAUGUCAUUCCAGAUUCUGUAAUGAAAGUAAGCCGACUUUCUACAAUGAUAACAGGCUAUAACAAGCAUAAAAUAGAUACAUUUGUUUUUUCUCAUGUAAUGGGGCUUAAAAGUGAAUUUUGUGUUCCAUAGUCAUUGGUUUGUGGUGUGGAAGACACUUAUAAGUGUUCACUAAAAUGUGGCAGCUGCAAACAUAACACUCGUUAAAAAAGUUAUGUAACUAGAAAAAGGUCACAGUGUUGGAAAAUGUAUUUGUAGGGUCACAUUUAUACUUUUAAAUUAUGAAUUGUUUGUGUGUUUUAAUAUUUUUUUUGAAAUAUAAAAUGGAUUUUUCAAACUUAUGAAACAUUGCCAACUGUUUCAGCAGUAGAAACUGAAACUUAGAUGUUUUUCUGUAGUUGUAGUUUGUUAUUUUUUAUAUAUUUGUUGAACCUUUCAUUUUGUGCCCACUGAACAAAGUAAAGUACUUACUUGAUCAUAUUAAAAUAAAGUAAGGAUUAUGUGGAUAUUUACGAUUUAACCAUUUUUGAACUUGCUGGUUACUAGUGUAUUUAGUAAAUAAUGUCGCAUCAAGAGUCCCUCUGAGUAGACAUUAUAAUGUAUGAGUGAUAUUUAUUUAAUACAUCAUGUAUGUUGGUUAAAAGAAAUCACUUCUGCAACUGAUUUUUCUCUGUACAGGCCGAAAACAAAGUUAUUUUAAUUGCUUAAAACUUCUGAACUAUAUAAAUCAGCUGUAUAUCAAUGAAUAUAUUACACAUGCAUAACAAUAACUAAAAAUCUAUUUUUUUUUUUGUUAGUUUUAUACACUGGUUGGUAUUGAAAUGUUUUCAACCAUAAGCACAAUAGUACCACACAAGAUACAAUCUUGUUAGCAGUAUGUUAUAAUACGUUUAGGAUAAGUAUACUGAGAUUGUGUUCAACUCCAAAUAUUUAUGAACAAAUAACUACAGAAAGCAUGAUGUAACUACUUUUGUAAGAGAAAGUUCAACUUCUAAGUGUUUUAUACAAAAUGGUACCGAAACAUAUUUUUAGGCAAUUCUAUAUUUAAAUUUUUUUGUAAAUAAUUUUGAAUCAUUAAUAAUUUACUUAAUAAAGAAUGCAUACUCAGGAUUUUAAAGGAUCAUUUUAGAGCUACUUCAUACGAUAUACAAGUUAAUUUGUACCUUUUUGAAACUAUUUUAAAUGUAAAUUAAAUAUCACAAUUACAGUAUUGUGAUGGUUUGAAUGUUCUAAAGGCUUUCAAAACAUCUUUGGAUACACUUUGUGGAUGCUUUUUCUGUUGAGACAUCAAGAUCAAAUUAGAUUUGUAUUAUAUUAACAGCUAUAUAUAUAUAUAUUAGCACCAUAAAUUUACAAAGACAGUUUGAACUUUAGCUCUUCAACAUAACUUACUAAAAGUACAAAGUUUAAAUUGCUGUAAGAAUUUAUUUUGGCCAACAAGUAUGUUGCAGUAUUUCUUUAUUAUUUAGUUCUCAAUUCAUUCUAGCCCAUAAAAUUGUUGUGGUUGAUGUGGGAUUAAAUUACUUUGACCAUGUGUUAGAGAUAUUGGCCAUUAUUAAGACUUGAGUAUUUUUGAUUACCAAUUUGAUUGUUAUGAAGUGUAUUUAGCUGUUUUUUUUUCUAUAAUUAUUAUUUCAAAAUUACAUAUUUUUUUGUUGCUUAAGUAUGAAGAGAUUUCUUCUAUGAAACAUGGUUUUCGGGUUUUUAAUCACCUUCAAAAGCACAGUUUAUAUCUGCUAUCCACAAAUUUGACAAUUUGAAGAAUCUAUUUUAAUUUUUUGAGUAAAUUUCUGUAUAAGGUUGAUUUUUUUAUGGUCAUGAAUUUCUAUAAUUGCUCUUAUAUCAAAUCUUUUAACAAGAAAUGAGUUUUCUUGCACAUAUUUACCUGUGCCAUGGUUUAAUUAAAAUCAGUAGAGUUGUUUAUAGCUCUUUGUGCCAAACACUCCUAGCAACAGGUACUCUAAAAACCUUUCUUUUUAAAAAUUUAAUUGUAAUCAUUUCGUAGGUCACAGAUACACAGAGUAAACAUUUUAGGAAAGUCUUGAUUUAAAGAACCUUUUGUAGUGUAACUUUCCAUCAUUUUAUCUUACAAGCUUACAAAUGUAAAUAUUACAACAAUACUGCAUCUCUAAAUGUAUCGUAUAUAUUAACAAUAAUUCCUUUUUCUCUGUAAUGAAAAUUUAACAUUAAACUAUCUAAGUAUUUUCAAAAAGAAAUAUCACAAAUUGUAUUGGCAUUUAAAAUGUUAAUUAACAUUUAAAACUUUUGAUAGGCUAAUAUUCACAGCUAUAGAACUUAUGAAAUGUACUCAUGUAACUUUUAUAGGCUAAUCAGUUUUCCAUAUAUGUUGUAAUUUAUUUUUACUUGCUCAUGUUACAUGAAGUUAGUUAAUUCAAAAUUAAACCACUGCUUUGAGUAUAUAGCUUUAUUAAUCAUCAUUUAUUUAGUGUAAUACUCUGAAUAGCUUUUCACAUAAUUUUAUCUGUUUGCAGUCUUGCAUCUAAUUAAAUUAGUUGUGAGUAAAAUAUGAAGCUUUGUAAAUAUAUUUAAAGGUAUGUGAAUUAUAUAUCACAUUCUGAACUACACAUCUAGAUUUCUGUCAGUAGUUCUUUGGAAAUCUCAAUGUAUUUUAAUUUAAACCCUGUACAUUUAAA